CUUGCUAUUCGGUUUGAAGAGAAAUUGAAAAAAAAAAAAACAAAUUACGAAUUGGAAUUGCGAAUCGACGUACUUACAUUGCCAUAGCGAGGCAGCAAGAUGAGCAAAGUCACAGAUCAGCGGGAGCCCUGGCUGAUGCCGAACUUUGAAUAUGGCAGCGGGGUAGCCGCACUCCAUCAGGAGAUCGAGCAUUUUUACAACUACAUCGUAUCGACGCCAACGGAAUAUAUGAUGCGAAUGGAAGCAGUGCACCGUAUCGAGAGGGUUGUCCUCAGCAUUUGGCCGGAGGCCUGCAUUGAAGUCUUUGGGUCCUUUCGCACCGGCCUAAAUCUGCCGAUCUCUGAUAUUGAUAUUGCAGUUAAUAACUUUUACUGGCACGGCGCACCGUUGCUCGAACUGAAAAAUGCGCUGAUGGCGCGAGGCGUUGCCGACAAUGUGAAUGUCCUGGACAAGGCCUCAGUUCCGGUCGUAAAGUUUACGGAACGCAUUUCGGAAAUCAAGUUUGACAUUUCAUUUAAUACGACGACGGGCGUGAAGGCGGCGGAGCUGGUUCAGCGGUUUAUCGAGCAGUUUCCAGAGCUACCCAAGCUGGUCAUAAUUCUAAAGCAAUAUCUAAUGCUGCAAGGCUUAAAUGAGGUAUACAGCUCAGGCGGUAUUUCCUCAUAUGCCGUCACCCUCAUGUGCAUCAGCUUCCUGCAGCAGCAGUCUCUAAGCGAAACGAAGACCUGUAAAAAUGAUAACAAAUUGGGAAAGCUACUACUUAAGUUCCUGGACUUUUAUGGACGCAAGUUUGACUACUUUAAGUAUGGAAUAUCUGUGCGAGGCAGUGGUGGCAGCGUGGAGAAGUGUGUGCUGCAGAGCACCUUCGGCGAUUACAACUGGUUGUCGGUGCUGACGAUUGAAGAUCCCAUCACGCCGACAAAUGACAUAGGACGCAGUUCGUUUGGAGCACUUGAUGUGAAGCAAGGCUUUGAAAUGGCCUUUCUGAAGCUGUCGAAGCUAGUGGACUUGGACUCCUCCAAAAUUAGUGGAUCCAUAUUGGCCAGCAUUGUAAAAGUGCCUCAGUCAGUGAUAAACUACCGAAAUUGGGUGCACUAUAAAUUCCGACAUUUGGUCACCAUCAGCACGCAGCCCAUCAACGGAUUUGAACGGUAUUUUGGCUAUGCCGUCAAAUUGAAGUUUAAUGCCACGACAUUGCAAGAUGAACAGGAGGAAAAUAAAGAGAUUGUUAGCAAUCUUAAUGGCAUGCCUUUGACCCACAAUGGCUGUCAAUACAAAGGCUUGGGAUGUUAGUUUAAGUUAUGCUUAUCCUCAAUUAUCUUUACAUCUCUUUUAAUCUACUACUCGAUUUUACAUUUUACAUUUAUUUUAUACUUAGCUACUAAUUACUACCAUACUUACUAUGAAUUUACCUUGUAUGUACAUAAACGCACAACAGUAGCUUACAAGCGCUACUGAAACUUUAAAAGGUUUUUUUUGGCGCCAAGCUUUGAUAUUCGAUA